CUCCCCACGUUUUCUUUUGUCACCGUCCAUUCUCAAUCUCUCAUUUUCCUGGUAUACACAAAAUAUGGCUGAUCUGAUCCUCAGUAGCGUCGCGGAUUCCAUCACCGGACUUGUCUCCCAGGAGAUCGGACUGGCAUGUGGUGUCAAAAGUGAGCUCAAGAAACUUCACACUACCGUCUCUAUCAUCCGUGGCGUGCUUCGUGAGGUUGAUGAGGGACGAAUCAAGACUGAGGACGUGAAGGAAUGGCUCAAGCAGCUGAAAGAGUUGUUUUAUGAUGCUGAUGACCUUCUUGAUGACUUCUCCACUGAAGCCCUGCGUCGUGGGAGAGUGACGGGAAUAUGUAAGCGGACCCUGAAUGAGGUUCGUAUCUUCUUCUCCUCUUCUAAUCAGCUCGUCUAUGCCAGUAAAAUGGCUCAUCGAGUCAGGGAUAUUAGGGAGAGGAUUGACGUCAUUAAGAGUGCUAGGGCCUAUAUUCUGCUAGAGGGAAACAAUAUUCCUACUGUGGGGAGUUUGGUGGAAAAUCGAGUUAGGCCCGAAACUUAUCCAUACGAGAGUGAAACAUACGUGGUUGGAAGAGAUAAGGACAAAAAAGAAAUUAUGGAGUUCUUACGUAAUCUUAAUUUUGAGGAGAAUGUGUCCAUCCUGCCAAUAGUAGGUCUUGGAGGCCUUGGGAAAACGACGUUAGUAAGACUUGUAUUCAACGAUGAACGCGUGGAGGAGUCUUUCGCGCUGAAACUUUGGGUUUGUGUGUCAACAAACUUUCAUGUUGAGGAUAUUCUGAGGAAGAUCUUACGAGAUUGCACCCCUAACAGGGAACUAAUUGCAAAUCUCGAUAUGAAAGAGUUGCGAGAAAGGAUGGGGAAAGAGCUCGGCGGAAAGAAGUUUUUACUCGUUUUAGAUGAUGUGUGGAAUGAUAACAGGUCCAAGUGGUUAGAACUGCAGGGGUUUCUUAUGAAUGGUGCAAAAGGAAGUAAGAUAUUGGUGACUACUCGCAGUCGACGUGUGGCCAAAACCAUGGCUCCAACAUUUCAUGAAUUGAGUGGCUUAUCAGAUAAUGAUUCGCUAUCUCUGCUGAUGCGAAUGGCAAUGAAGCAAGAACACGAGUGGAAAAAUCAAAAUUUAGAAAUGAUCGCUAAAGAAAUUCUGAAGAAAUGUGCUGGAGUUCCCCUUGCAAUUAAGACGAUUGGGCGUCUACUGUUGUUCUUGAGAAAUACGGAGGAAGACUGGUUGAACUUCAAGAACGAUGAUAUAUCGAGAAUAAGCCAGGAGGAAGGUGACAUCAUGCCAACGCUUAAGCUGAGCUACGAUUUUCUACCAUUGCAUUUGAAACAGUGCUUCGCUUAUUGCAGCGUGUUUCCAAAAGAUUUUGAGCUAGAACCACGUGAGCUCGUUCAUCUUUGGAUGGCUCAGGGUUUUAUCAAACUUCAAGGCAGUAAGAAAACACUCGAGAAAGUCGGUCAAGAUUAUUUGAUGGAGCUGCUUUCGAGAUCCUUUUUCCAGGACAUGGAAGAAGAUAUGUAUGGGAACAUUGUAAGAUGCAAAAUGCAUGAUUUGAUGCAUGAGCUUGCGCAGUUCGUGGCGGGACUUGACUGCAUCACCAUUGAUAGCUCACAUGAGAAAACGUUCCCAGAAGGAGCUCGUCAUGUAUCUAUAGUUCCCAUGGAAAAUUAUGAGUGGAAUGGAUUUGAGAGAGACAAGAGAGUAAGGUCCUUGCUUCUUAUGGGGCCUGACCCGAGAAUGAGGACUUGGAUUAGUAAUCCGGUUUCUCCAUGUUCUAGAAAUCGACAGGCGAUAUUUGUUAUGGAUUGGAGGAUUGAGAUUGGUCAUUUGGAUGUUUCAUGUUUUAGUAAUUUACGAGCACUACACAUUCGUCAUGUCAGCAUAAAGAUGAUAUCCGAUUCCAUCGGUAAACUGAAGUGCUUGAGGAGUCUUGAUCUGUCGAAGAAUGAUUUAAGUUAUCUGCCGAAUUCAAUAAGCAGGCUGUGCAAUUUGGCGGCGCUUAAUCUCAGAGGAUGUAAGUCUCUAGAGAGAUUACCCGAAGGCAUCACGAAGUUGAUCAAUUUAAGGCAGCUUGAUGUGAGUGGAUGUAGUAAGUUGACACAUAUGCCCAGGGGGAUUGGGAAGUUGACUAGGCUGCAAAUGUUAGGUGAAUUCGUGGUGGGAGAGAAAGGGAACUCAGACGCUGCAAGGUUGAACGAGUUGAGCAAACUUACCGGAUUGGGGAAUGCAUUGACUAUUCGACAUUUGGAAAGAGUCGGAAGUAGUAUUUCGAGCGAGGUCGAUGCUUCCUUCUCGAUACAGAAGUUAGCUCUUCAAUGGAUGGGACUAGUUUGGGAUUAUCGGGAGUCGGCCAAUGCAGAAGCGGUUUUAGAGAGACUGCGACCCCAUCCAGAUCUUAAGGGAUUGAGGAUAGCAAGAUACAGCGGUGCGAGGCUUUUGUCCUGGGUUUCUCAACUGCAGAAACUAGUCAGGAUUGAGAUUUCCAAUUGUGAUCAGUGCACGCAUCUACCACCACUAGAUAAUCUCUCUUCCCUCAAAAGCAUCUACUUGCAUGAUUUGAGCAAGUUGGAGUGGGUAGAGGGGUCGGAGAGUGGUGCUACGCUGCAUUCUACUUCCUUCCCAUCGUUGGAAGAAUUAGAGCUGGAGUCCCUUUCUAAAUUCAGGGGAUGGGAGAGGAGUGGAAAUAGGACUGAUCUAUUUAUGCUCCCCAGGUUCUCUGACAAGGUCAAGUUCUCCUUCCGUGGCUGCCCGAGAUUCUCUUUCAUGCAAGGUCGACAUCUACAACUCUUGAGGGGAGCCACGAUCAAACUUGGACAACAGUUGCUGAAGGAUGUCACUGUACGCCCAAAUCUCUCUGCAGUGACGUCACUCAGCAUUUACGAAAUGGAGGAUGCAGAGCACUUGCCAGCGGAGUUGUUUCGGUCCCUCCCAUCUUUCGCGUCUCUCGUAAUCAGUUACUGCCGUCGCCUGAAAGCUCUCUGUGGGAGGGCGAUCCUCCGGUACCUACCCGCCCUUGAGUCGCUGGAAAUUUCCUUUUGCGAAGAGCUCGAUUUAUCAAUCGACGACCAUGAUGAUUGUGGUGGUGGUGGUGGUGAAGGCAUGAUCCAUCUGCAACAGCAGCUGCAGGUCCAUCUUAAGCUUCGCCAUAUUACAAUCUCAGGAGUUCAUAAGACGGAGUCUUUGCCUCGGUGGUUCCAACACCUCUCUAGCCUGGAAUAUUUACGCAUUGAGGAUUGCGAAGGCUUGAAGUCUCUGCUGCCUGGAAGACUGAUACUUUCGCUUCUCACCACCCUCGAAUGGUUGGAGCGAAAUUCCUGCCCACAGCUCGACUUAUCGACAGGGCAGUCAGAAGAUCAAGAUGAUUGUGGUGGUGGUGGUGAAAGCAUGAUCCAUCUGCAACGGCAGCUGCAGGUCCAUCGAACGCUUCGCCGUAUUACAAUCUCAGGAGUUCAUAAGACGAAGUCUUUGCCUUGGUGGUUCCAACACCUCUCCAACCUGGAAUAUUUAAGCAUUAAGUAUUGCGAAGGCUUGAAGUCUCUGCUGCCUGGAAGAUUGGUACUUUCACUUCUCACCACCCUUGAAUCGUUGGAACUAUGGUCCUGUCCAGAGCUUGGCUUAUCGACAGGGCAGUCGGAAAAUCAAGAUAGUGGUGGUGGUGGUGAAGGCACGAUCCAUCUACAACAGCAGCUGCAGGUCCAUCGCAAGCUUCGCCGUAUUACUAUCUCAGAAGUUCAUAAGAUGGAGUCUUUGCCUUGGUGGUUCCAACACCUCUCCAACCUGGAACAUUUAUGCAUUGUGCAUUGCAAAGGGUUGAAGUCUCUGCUGCCUGGAAGACUGAUACUUUUGCUUCUCACCACCCUCCAAUCGUUGGUGCUAAUGUCCUGCCCACAGCUUGACUUAUCGACAGGGCAGUCAGAAGAUCAAGGAGAUAUGCCGCCCGAUUUACAAUUCGACAGACCAGCUAAGCUCCAAAGUCUGCAAAUAUGGGACAUAGAAAAAAUGGAGACCCUCCCGUGGUGGAUUCAACACCUCACUAACCUUGAAAGUUUAGAAAUCUAUGGCUGCGGAAAACUGAAGGCUUUACCUGAGUGGUUUCCCAAUCUCACCUCACUCAAAAUCCUGGAAGUUAGUGAUUGCGGGGAGGAGCUGACAAGAAGGUACCGAGAUAAUACCGGAGAAGACUCGCCUAAGAUUUCUCACAUACAUGAUGUAAGAAUACGGUAAAGUGGCAUCCACCAGCUCACUGCCUCCAAAGAUGAUACGAAGGGCGUCUUCUGCUCCAACUCCUUUAUUAAACUGCUGGACAGUGAAGUUUGUUCUUAUUCCACUCCCAGUUGCAUCGGAUUUCGAACGCAAAGUUUUAACAUGCUCGAUGUGCAUUUCGUUAGUCAUCUCACCGAGAAGCAGACAGCAAGGAAGUUUCGCGGAUCAGUGGAGCCUCGUCACUCGAACGUUGCAUAUCUUUGUUCAUUUCUGUUUGUUUAAUAAAACAGUGACCAUGAUGAGAUUGUGACGAUCAACAAAAACUGCAGAACUUUUUAGGCAUCGUCUUUUCUGGGCAUGUUAAUUGCUUGAAAUAUUGUAAGUUCGCUCAUGGACGGGAACUUUAUUUACUUCAACGGGGAAUUAUGUGAAA